GGGGUACAUGCGCUCGCGCGUGAUCGUGGCCCUUCGCCAGCGUGACCUUCCGUGCGGGCACGCAGGGGGUCCCACAGGGACAACGACUGCGGGACAGCCCCCAAGCUCAUCUUGUUCCAGCCUUCCGCAGCAGUUGUGGCUCAAGCCAUUUGGGCUCAAGGGUGCCCUGCCCGCACCCGCUUCCUCGUGGAGGCAGUUCCUGCUUAGGGGCACCAGCGAGAGACCUCCGCCCCUGAUUUCCCGGCGGCAUGGGCUUCCUUGGAUAUUGUCAGCAAAUCCCAGUCGUGGGGCUCGCUUUCAGCGUGGCUCCGUCGUAUGAUGAUCUCGAGAAGAUGUUGCAGAUUUAUGCUCUGCUGACAGGCUUGGUACUGUCGAUGGUUGGGGGUUGCAUUUUCAAUGACUUCUCCCACGUCGACAAGGCUGUCGACAUCUAUGGCGCCCUUUUUGGAUCGCUUGAGUUGCUAUUCCUGGCGACGGUCACCAUCGUCUGCCUUUACCUAUACUUAAUGAUGUUCGUUACGCAGGAAAAGAAAAAAAUCGCCACACAACAGGUUCGCAGAUGGUGGGAGAACGGUGGGAGGCUUAUCUUCAUUGCUCUUCCGGUUCUCGUGUUUACCUCUUGCUGGCAGUUCAUAAUGGCUGUCACGAUGUAUUUCGAGGGCAAGUUUGAUUCUAUGGACGUCGAGUUCGAUUAUGGGUGCAUGAAGAGUUGGUUCACGCUGCCCAUAGCUUCAUUCCUGGCAUUCUUUACCAUACACACGACUUUCCUCUCUGCGGGAUGGCAUGAGCAAGAUUACGAGAACUUGUCAGAGGACCAGGAUGACGACUCCUCCCCGUGAAAUGCAGCAAACCCAGCUUCAACCUGGAACAACAUAAUGCUGCAAUCGAUAUCUGUAUACACGUGUGUUAUAUAUAUAUAUAUAUAUCUAGCAUACUAUAACAUAGCAUGGCAUGCCAUAGCUGGCCGAUGGCCGCCCAAUCUGGGUGGUUCCAAUCCAAGUCCAGCAUCGCACUAUACUUCAGCGCAGGCUUCGAAGCCAUGGCCAUUGUCCCCCUCAGCUUGCAAAAUUACUGUGGGAGGGGGGCGUGCAAGUGUUCGUUUGGAUGAGCACAAGCUUCUGGAGGUCGCGCGGGAGGCCCUCGCGCAUGAGUACAAGCUCCCUUCGGCUAGCGUCUUGGCUUUUUUGGGGGCAACAAGUUGACGUUUUCACAUUUUCUGAACCAGGCCAUGUGCGUGGUGUGCUCCGCAUCGCAGCAGUAGCGGUCAGGAGCGGGCUUGUGUGGUUGGAACCACCGCCUCUACCUUAGGCCCGUCAGCGUUGCGUUCUGCACGCGCAUCGCAGAUUUCUCCAGUGAUUCGUCGCCCAGUCUAGUUGAA